CUUUCAAAUAUCCAAAUUGAUCAGAAAUGUUACAUUCCAUACUUCAAACUCAAAGAUCUAUGAACUCUUAAAAAACAAUGCAAAAGAAAGCAGCUUUCCCCUCUGAAUUCUCUCAAUUUACUCUUCAAAAGCUGAGACCUGAAAGUGCAUAAGUUCAUGGAGGCUCAAGCGUGCAUGCAUCUACAGAUGUCUUACAUCUGCAGCCAGGUUGAAUGUGAAUGUGUGCAUAGCUUCAAACUUGUCCCCAUAACUCAGAAUGCCUUGGAUUAAUCCUGAUGAAACUCACUGCAGACAUCCUAAGCUGUCUUUCAAUCAUGCCCGACAAAUUUCAUUCAAGUCUACUGAAGUUGUUGUGAAUUUCUGCAGGUUUUGUGAUGAUAUGAAUGCUUGUUUGCUCUCAGUCGUCUUUAAACUGAAUUAAACCCACUGAAAAGGUUUUUUUCCCCCAACUUUCUGAAUUUUGAAAUACUCUUGUCGCUGUUUACAACUUAGAGAGCCAGGACCCACAAAAUGCUGCUGGCGGCUACAUUCUUAGAUCAGAUUUUUCCACCUUGAAAGGCUUGAAAAAAUGAAAGGCUUUUAACAUUUAGUAUGCAUUAGAGCCAUGGGCGAUACUCAGUGUGCUUUGACUGUUUCAAUAGCAUAAUGACAUCCCCUUUAAUGGCAAAAGACAGUGAUGCGCUACAGGGUGUGUAUUGGUAAAUGUCACCGGUUGAAGAAUGAAAGUCAUCUGAGCGAAUGAGUAAAUGCGACAGCUCUUUUCAGCCCCUCGCCACUCUCGCUUUCUUGUCAUUCUGGGAUCGACCUCUCACUUCUGCAUCUGUCCUCUCUGUCUCUUGGCCUCUUCAUCUCUCUCUCUUUCUUUUCUGUGUCUCUGCACAUGUAGCUCCAGGCACAUUCGACCACAAGUCUUUCUUUGCACAAGUGGGGCUGACCGGCUCGUCUGAGGCUGAUGGGAGAAAAGUGUUCACAGUUCUGGACCAGGACAGGAGCGGAUACAUCGAGGAGGAGGAGUUAAAGCUGUUCCUGCAGAAUUUCUCCCCGGGGGCGAGGGAGCUGACUGUGACUGAGACCAAGGCUCUGAUGGCUGCAGGAGAUAAGGAUGGUGAUGGAAAGAUCGGGAUUGAAGAAUUCUGUGACAUCCUGAAAUAAAGAGAAGAAACAUGUCUGACCACGGCUCUCUUUCUCCCUAUUCUAAAUAACGG